CCAAAUCGUAGACAACAGGCGCAUAGAAGGCCAUGUUACUUUCAAGAGUCCUAUCGACUGCACAUUGUGACUCGGACGGGCCUUCUUCUCUGACGGCCUCAGCCUUCAAAACCGUUCGUACGGCAGUGUCAGUUCCGGAAAAUGAAUUAAAACGGUGGAGACGGACCUUUGAUUCUUAUGCCAAGGUUGUUAAUGGCGAGAGAUACCUUGACCCAGAAAGUUUCGUCAAUGCAAUCGCACCGAAGGGGGAUCUUACAAAGAUUGGGCGUGCUCAAUUUGCGAUCCUUUUCCGUGUCGCCGAUACUUCACGACGCGGAUUAGUUUCUUGGGACGAUUUUACGGUCUUCGAGACCCUUUUGAAGAGGCCUGACGCGGAUUAUUGGAUGGCAUUCCAAUACUUUGACGUAGAUCAUUCAGGCUUUAUUGACUUUGAUGAAUUCAAGACCGUCUUCUCCGCCAACAUUGGCUCCGACGCGAUCCCCUUUGACUUCGAUUGUGACUGGAUCAAACUUUAUUUGGGGAAAAAGAAUGGCACUCAUGUGCUAGGAUAUAAUGAAUUUACCCAGCUGAUGAAGGGAUUGCAGGGCGAGCGCCUUCGUCAAGCAUUCAAAUACCUCGACGAGGAUCAGGACGGAUUUAUUUUGCCAGAGCAGUUCAAAAGGAUCAUUCUCGAAAUUGCAGGACACAAGCUAUCUGAUGCUGUGAUAGACAGGUUACCCACGUUAUGCACAUUGACUCCCGGACAACGCAUAUCCUAUUCUGAAGUUGUUGCUUUCCAUAAUGUUAUUAGAGAAAUGGACAUGGUAGAAAGGAUCAUCCGUGAAGCUACAGCAAAGAGCAAGGAUGGGCGUAUCGACCAAUCGGACUUUCUAAAUCAUGCCGCCUCCAGUUCACGCUACUCCUUAUUCACCCCCAUGGAGGCUUCUAUUAUUUUUCAUUUUGCUGGCCGUGGAGUUACGUCACAAAGGCUAGCGUUGCUUGAAUUUGCUCAGCUCUUGGACCCAAGAUGGCGUGCCCCCCAUGAUGAGUUUGAUGAUUCAAAGAUACAAGCGAAGACAUCUUUUCUCCAAACUUUUCUACACUCCUCGUACAACUUUGUUCAGGGCGGUAUUGCCGGAGCCUUUGGCGCCACUAUCGUAUACCCAAUAGACAUGGGUGAGAUGCAAAACCAACGUUCAACAGUUGUUGGUCAGUUGAUGUACAAAAACAGUAUAGACUGCGCCCAGAAGAUUCUCCGUAACGAGGGCGUUUUGGGUUUUUACCGUGGACUUGGCCCCCAACUCAUCGCAUCACCGGAGAAAGCUAUCAAACUAACAGUAAAUGAUCUCAUCCGGGCUCGGGCCAUGGAUCCCGAAACGGGGCGGAUAAAACUUCAUUGGGAGCUCAUCGCUGGUGGCAUGGCAGGUGGUUGCCAGGUGGUGUUCACGAAUCCUCUUGAAAUUGUGAAAAUCCGACUUCAAGUUCAAGGUGAAGCAGCCAAAGUGGAAGGGGCGCUGCCCAAAGGCGCCAUCCAUAUCAUUCGCCAGCUUGGUGUCCUGGGAUUAUACAAGGGUGCCACAGCUUGCUUACUUCGUGAUAUUCCAUUUUCCGCCAUCUAUUUUCCGGCCUAUUGGCAUCUUAAGAGGGACAUCUUCCACGAGGGCCACAACGGGAAACAAUUGUCGUUCGUCGAAACUCUAGGUGCAGCUGCCAUUGCCGGAAUGCCAGCCGCGUACUUCACCACUCCAGCCGAUGUUGUGAAGACGAGACUGCAAGUUGAAGCCAGACAAGGCCAGACAAAUUACAAGGGACUACGCGACGCGUUCGUAAAAAUAUAUCGAGAAGAAGGUUUCCGUGCCUUAUUCAAGGGUGGUCCGGCUCGGGUGAUUCGGAGCAGCCCUCAAUUCGGAUUUACACUCUUAGGAUACGAAACGCUAAAGACCACAUUUCCUUAUCCUUGGCAAGAUAAAUCACAACAAGUGGAGACAGCUCUCACAUCUCGCCCUGACGAAAUGUCAAAGAUACGUGCGAGAAAUGCUCUCAAGAUACUCCUGGACGUACAUGGAGAUUUUGGGCGACGAGUCACUGGAGGCGGGAGACCAUUGUCGCUGUCAAAUCCAAGACUAUCCUCAUAG